UCGGAGAUGGCCAAAUUCAAUACUUUUGAUAUUCUCUGAUAAGUUCUAGCCAUCAUGACCAGUUCUUUCUCAACCCAGCCCUGUGUGGUUGAUCAAAUCCUCCCUCCCAUCGUCAGCAUUACCUCUGGUCGUAGCCUCUCGCGAGACAACACUUCGCUGAAAAGACUACUCUCGAAUGCACCCUCUUCCAUUUCACAGGCAAACCCCACAACUCAGCGUGAGAGACAAUUUGCCGGUUCAAACCACGCACCGCCUCCGAAAGAUAUUGAAAAGGGGCAAGAGGAGGUUGAGGUCACCGCGAAGCACAACCCAUCCGAUCAACUACACUUGGAACUGCCUAGCAACGACUCCAACAAUGCAUCAUCCCAGAUACCUGCACAGCUCCCUUGCCAACUCAUCGGCCACUUCAGGCGCUGGCGGCAAGAAUCCCUCCAGGGAAGGCUGUUGCCCUGCUACAUAUCAAUAAUCCCGAAAGAUCAACAAGCAAUACUAGACUCAGACAAUGCAUGGCGACCAGCUAUUGUUGGCCAGCCCAACCUACCAGGAGAUGUGCCUCCCAAUUUGCUGCAAGAGUUGUCUUUGAAGGCCGAAGGCCAAUCUGAUAAAGUCGAGCCCCGCCCUUCUAUCCUAAAUUCCCCUUUAUCGUCACCGAAGCAAGCCUCCGAAAUACAACUACCUGCGCGACCUGCUCUACCUGAGCAUCCCGAUGACGAUUCCGAUGAUUCUGACGAGUCAGCAGUGGCAUGGUCCUCCAGUCCCCCAACCCAAGAUCGUCGGAACAGACUUGCUGAUCAUGCAGCUUUCGAAAACAGGGACGAUGAGUCGUCAGGCACCGAUAGUGAGGAUGCACUUGGUCAUCUGCCACCUGACUCCAGUCCACUACAGUUGCCGGCAUUUACGAACGACAGGACGACCUUUCUCCCCAAGCCAGGAAGCCAGCUUUCAAGCAAGCCCAACACUAUGUCUGAGCGCACAGAGGAAAAGGCCUCGGACGGAGAUGAGAAGAAUCAGAACGUCAAUGUUAUUAUUGAUCCAUGUGCAAACACGAGUCCCGACUCGAAUAAUCUCACGCAGCCCGAACAUCCAAAGCCUGAUGAAGCUCCAGAAUAUGGCCAAUCGUGCAAAAGUCCUCCACAAGAGCUGCGUGUAGCCAGCCCACGUGAUGAAAUGCCUCAGCCGACAGUCCCAGUGACAAUUGAGCAAGAUAUGCGAAUGGAUGGAACAAAUCCUCAUCUGGCUGGCGGAGCUAUCCAGAAGGUCCAGGUGAAACAAACGCCACGCCCUGGGAAGGAAGUCCCUGCUGAUCAGGAUUCAAUCCAACACGUAGACCAGCCAGGAAGACACCGCAGUCUCCCGGCCGAUGAGCCUGUGUCAACAGCCUUCGUUCCAGGCACCUUCGACGACAACACGACCCUUGGAGAAGUAGUUCGUUCGCAGCCAUACCCCAGCAACGAUCCUGCUUCCCCAGGACUUAGCCGAGGAAUACAGUUUCAGCAUCCAGGCGGAACCCAACGCCACGACUUUGCUCAGAAUAUAGCGUCGCCAAAGGUGAAGAGCGAAGCUUAUGGCCUGUCAGCUGUGCAUGCCGGAAAACCCCUAGCCUCCUCCGAUCAAGGGACCGAAUCGAUGCAAAUAUGGACCACAGCCCCAAACCUCGAGAUGUCUGAGGAUUAUGAGAUAGGAUCCAGCCCUCCAGACCACGCCAUACUUCCCGACAGCUCUUCAGGACCCUCCAACGACAAGCACGGAAUGAGUCGCCUUCAGUCCUACCUCUCUGCGCUUCCUCAGACUAUUGAACAGAACAAUAGCAGCAACGAGUUCCGUCGAAAACGAGCUAGCGAGGAGAAAGAUGCACCAGCAAGUCACAAGCACCCACGGCCUGCUCAGACUUUGCCCUCAUCCUCAAUCCGGGACCCAGAUCUUGCCGUCAUAGCCCAAGAACUACGAGUUCACCGCCGGGAACAUCUCACCAAGUGGAAGAAACCUGCCACUCGCAGACAAGAUUCGUUGCACACUCGUGUUGACAGUUCUGCCUCCAGGGCAGCCUCAAACCCGUUGGCGGGCACAAUAUCCAGAAGUCGUAUGUCAUCACAGUCACUCCCAGGAGCUCGAACAUCGAUUCUCCAAACGUAUGGAGACGAUGAAGAGGGCCAGGCUGUCGUGCGAACACACCGCACUGAUGUUGAAGCGCCUCAGACGUCUCUACAAUUACGCUCAACUUACGAGCGACAGCUUUUUAGCGAAUAUCAGGCGGCUUAUCCAGAGUACGCUGGAUCUUUAUCACAUUUCCAACAGGCAAUGCGGCUGUUAAGGCGUACAUCUCUUUCAGGCAAAGGAUUUCAUCCUUUUUUGUUUGACGACGCCAUCUUUCAUCACUAUCACACCUAUCGUGCGUACAAGGCGGAUGAGGUCGACGAUUGCGAGGACGCCAUGAGCUUUCACGAAUUUUAUAAUCAACGUAUCACGCGUCCUUUGCACGUCCUAGGUUUGAUCACUCUUGAAGCCCUCCGUUGGGAGGAAUCGCAAGCGCCGGUGCCGAGGCCACAGAAGAGGCCGUUACCCCUCGAUAUGUCCGAGGAUGAUAUGCCUCGACACUUGGAAUACGGGAUGGACGGUAGUUGGAGUGACAGCCAGGGUGGACCGACGAGCCAUGUAGCGGGGACUAGCACUGAACAAUCACAGGUCAUGACCCAAACGCCUGGGGCACAAGUUUUACGGCGCAGGUUGGGCGCCGAGUCGCCAGACCUGGGGACGCCAUUGCCUCGUCAGAAGCUCCAAAGCAGCGUUCCACAGUCGCAUCUCCAAGCAGCCAGCGUCAGCUCCCGGAAAGGCAUCGAAGGUGGCCGGGUCGAUCGGCGCAGCGAUCCUUUACCUAUUUCCAAAGUACAGACUCCCGAGUCUGUGCGAAACCAUGUCCGGAAGACACCGCGGACAAUGCCAAAAACAUUCACCAUCACUGCCGCCGCCUUGUCGUCGCCAGAACCGAGAGCUGCUCCAGUCAACAGCAGAAUGCAUUCGGAGGCACGUCUUGAAAGUAAAGCAGCGCAGAGUCAUUCUCCCACACAGACAAAGGCUCGGCCCAUGCAGCCCUGGUGGCAGGAGGCUGACACUCCGUUUAAACGGUUUGAACGGCAAAUGAGCUCCCUACCAGGCGAAUGUGGGGCUUUAAUGAAGGCGAGGCCGGAGGCGAUUGAUCAGGGAAUCAACAUUUUCACUUGGAGAAUCUGAAAGUAUGGGAAAGUAUGGAAUGUGAAGCGAGAAGUGUGGCAUGACGGGAGAGAAUGUUUGUGCAGGAUUGUAUACAUGACAAGUUGUGGUUCGGUAGCUUUCGCGGUAUAAGACCAGAAUGGGCGUCUGUUCAGGUCGAUGGACCGACUUGCUAGAGCAUCUCCAAUGGGUUCUGUGACAGCGACAUGUAUGUUUCCUGCGCGACUCACGAAGUCA